UGCCCCUACCUGGUUACGCGUACCUGUAUUUAUGUGCAUACAUAUACUAUAUUUGUAUUUAAAUGUAAACCUAUGUCCACAACCUUCAACUUGCACGCUUCCAUGGCAACCAAAAACGUCCAAAACAAGAAUUUUUCAUUUAAUGACGGUUCCAAAAUGUUUAUGUCGGCUGUUUAGUUAUUAAAUGUACGGAAGCAAAGUGGAUACAUAACAAAAGUAUCUUCGUCAUAAAAAAAAUACAAGCAUACAUUAAAAGCGGGUAUGCUCAUCUGCACACACACGGUACAAUAAAUGUGUACAUACAAAUUAUCUUGAACGAUGCAACGACUCGUUAAGAAUUCCAAUCAAAUUGCACGACCUUCGAAUAAAUAAAAGAAAAUACAAAUCCACGGUUACCAACUGUGGCCGUUGAAGAAAUUAACUCAUAUCCGGUGCUUAAAAUUCCAACAGGCCAAAUCAAUAAAGCCUAAAGACAGUGGAGCCAAUUGACUCUUUGAACAGAAUAUAGUUAAUAAAGCAAAGGAGAAAUAAGAGCGGUUCAAACAACAACACGUACUAGACAAACACCAAAAGGCACCAGUAAGAGGACGUAGGCAAAAGGAAGCAUAAAGCAGCGGUUGCGCGAGUGGAAUUGGACUCGGUGAGGUAAAAGAAGAAGAAUAAGAAGCAGCUCACACAGACGGCAAGAUGAUGACAGCAGCUCCUUUGGCACCGUUGGCCUCCCUGGCACCGCUUCCCACAGCUCGCAUGAUGUUGGGUACCGCCAACAACACGAGCAUGAUGACUUCAGCUUCUGCAAAUACCACGGCAUCACCAUUAAUGCACCAGUCAAAGACGCAGCCGCCACCGCAGCAGCAGCAGCAGCAGCAGCAGCAGCUACAGCUGCAAACACCAACGAUGACAAUGGCAGCACUCGAGUGGCAGUAUUUCCAGGCAGUUUCGCUAUUUCGACGGCGAAAAUAUGAAAAAUGCGUUGAGGUGUGCAGUGGCAUGUUGCACGCUGGCCACGAAACAAAUGUGCAAAUGUUUACCUCGCCGCCGAACGAGAAUCACCAUGCCGAUGCAGAUGCACAAUACGAUAGGGGAGUUGGAGGCAGCGGCAGCAUGCAAAGCAACGCGCCCUCAAGGCAGGGACGAGGCUAUAGUCAAAACUUUAAGAACAGCAACAACUACAACAACAACAAUAAUGCAAACAAUAGCAAUGUCAAUGGUAAUAACAAUAAAGUGAGCAUGCCCACGUGGAUGAUGGAGGGCGUUUGGCAAUUAAAAAUGCGCGCCCUUACCCAGCGCGUCUACAUCGACGAUCUCGAGACGGACGAUGCCUUCGAGGGGGAGAAUGAGGAAGUGGAGUUAGAGCGAAUCGCCACAGCCGCCAGACCAGGUACCUCAAUUAAAACCGCGUUUAUACCACGGCCAAGUACGAGCACGCUGCGCGCCAGCUCAAAAACAUCUGCAACAACACGAAGUAAUCUGCCGUUGAGCCAAGGUAGCCGCACAGCGACUGCACAAAGCAACAAAAGCAUCAGACCUAAGUCGAGCAUGAAACGUCCCGGUACAGCUACGUCCCGGCCAGGCUCCUCUGUCGCCAGCCGACCGGCAUCAAGAUGUGGCACCGCUUCACGCAUUCGCGCUACAUCCGCUGCUGCCUACACUGUGGGCGAUAUCACCGCCAAACUCUAUCAGGCAUCGCGUCUAAAUCCCACUAUAUAUGCUGAACGCGAGGCGCUUAUAAAGGCGCUUUUUCAAUUUAUCUACUAUCACGAGUCCGAUGUGCAAAAAGCGUAUUCUCUGUGCGAGGCAGUCAUGGAAGUCCAUAAGCAAAAGCGCACCUCGGGUUCGGGUCGUUCGGGCGCGCCUGUCGAUUGGUGGUGGGAUCAGCAAAUAGGCAGAUGUUUGCUGGUAAUGCGCUUUCCACGAAAGGCCGAGACCUAUCUGGUUCAAUCGUUGGCGGUUUUCCCACAUCCUGACACCUUUUUGUUGCUUUCUCGUUUGUACCAGCGUCUGAGUGAGCCUGAUCGCGCGCUGGAGCUCAUUGGUAUGGCUGUCGACCGGCAUCCCUUCAACGUAACUUUUCGCAUCGAACAGGGCCGAAUAUUCGAUUCUAUGUCUAAGCAGGAUGAUGCCAUGCAAAUAUAUCGUCUCAUUACCAAGCUCAAUCCCAUUAAUGUGGAGGCGUUGGCUUCCAUUGCAUUGAACCAUUUUUACGAUGGAAAUCCCGAGAUGGCUCUUAUGUAUUAUCGACGGAUCCUUUCUUUGGGAAUUCACUCAGCAGAGCUCUAUUGCAAUAUUGCUUUAUGUUGCUUGUAUGGCGGACAAAUCGAUCUGGUACUACCUUGCUUUCAACGGGCACUUCUGCUUUCCAAAACGUCCGAUCAAAAAGCAGAUAUCUGGUAUAAUUUAAGCUUUGUGGCGUUGUCUACUGGAGAUUUUCACUUGGCCCGACGUUGUCUCCAGCUCUGUUUGACCUCUGACGCCCGUAACGGCGCCGCACUGAACAACCUGGCUGUACUGGCAGCACACACGGGAGACUUGAUGCGCGCCAAAUCCUACCUCCAAGCAGCGAAGGAAGUGAUGGAUAGCAGUUCAGAAAUAGACAGUAAUUUGGAAUAUAUGCAAGCACAUUACAAACUCUAAUCAAAGAGUAAUUACUUUGUAAUGCAAAUGUAGAUGGUGUCUAAGCUCCGAUUUGUAUUUUUUUUUUAUAAAUUAAAAUUGUUGAUUUUGUUUAUAGAAGUAUGACGUCAUUGUAUUUAAAUGUUUAAUUACAUGCUAUAUUUUAAUAA